AUGGCUUCCGUUUCAUCCCUGGACGCGGACAUGCGCAACCUGCGCAUGUCGCGGUACACUCCCCAGGCCGCCAAUGAGGUGCGAACUUGGAUUGAAAGCUCUCUGGAGACACCUCUCCCGUCUGGCGAUCUGCUUGAGGCUCUAAAGGACGGUGUGGUAUUGUGCAAGCUGGCCAAUCUCGCGACUCAGUCUCACAGUGGAGCAAUCAAGUUCAAGAGCAGUCGGAUGCCCUUUAUACAGAUGGAAAAUAUCAGUCAUUUCUUGAGAGCCUGUGAGAURGCUCCUCUGAAUAUGCCAGCUCAUGACAGAUUCUUGACCGUCGACCUGUUCGAACAAAAGGAUCCGGCGCAAGUGUUGCAAUGCCUGAGUGCAUUCAGUAGACAGGCAAACCGAAUCAAUCCCACUAGCUUCCCUACAGUAAUUGGCCCGAAGAAAAGUGGCUCGGCCCUAUCACCCGCUACGACUGGUUCAGGCGCGGGAUACAUGAAUGGGGGCUCGUUCAGGCGAGUGCCCAGUCCGACCAAGAAUUCCUCCGCAUUGCCAUCUAAUUCUACCCGUCCGAUGAGCCCAGCCUUGACUGGCGGCUCGAAUGCUUCACAAUACACAGAUGGCGGUUCUGCAAAGUCAUCGUCCGGUCCAGUUAGUAGUUGGAGCAAGAGAAGUGACGAAAACAACUCUUCCCCAGCGUGGAACAUUCACCAGUAUGGAUAUAUGGGUGGUGCAUCUCAGGGCAAUCAAGGGAUAAGCUUUGGCGCACGACGGCAGAUCACCAGUCAGGGUCCGGCUGUGCCUAGUCUGGCCGAGAAGGAAAAAGUACGCAAGGAGAAAGAGGCUGAGGCGGAGAGACUCCGACAGGAAUGGCAGGAAGAACAGAAUCACAAUCGCCGGGUGGCUGAAGAAGAUGAAGAGCGUGCGAAGCUUGCCGAGGAGCGCAAAUGGGAGGAUGAGACCAAACGGCAGCGUGAGGAGGAGAAGAGACACAUUGAGGACCAGAAACGGGAGUGGGCAGAGCAGGAACGGAGAUGGGAUCAAGAAGAGGAGGCGCGAAAACGAGAGGACGCUGCGUUACAAGCGACAAUGUCAAAGAAACAGCCACCCGGGAAGCCUAGAGUGCCCAGUUCGAGUGUGUUGAGAGGACAGACUCUUGCAGAUUAUCAGAAAGAGCAGGCUAGACUUGCACAAAGUGCAGAAGACGAGAAUGAGACACCAGAGAAGCGCCGAGUGCGAGAGCUCGAACAGCAGCUGGAAGAGGCGCGAGAGCGCGAACGUCAGUACCAAGCCGAACGCGAAGACCGUCUACGCAAGAACAAUGAUGUAGGACGGCCACAACCGACUGCAGUAGAAACGACAGAAACACAAAGACCUCCCAGUCCGCAUGAGAGUGAUGUCAGCUGGGUGGGAGAUGAGCGGGAGUACUCUCGCCAUCAGUGGCAAUCAAGACGAGAAGCUGCACCCUCGAAUACCCCUCAGGCGCAAGUCGGCUCGACAAGACCUCUGCCAUCAGAGCCUAUAUCGAAACCACAGAGGCCUCUGCCAACCCCGGCAGCCGCAUCAGUGAAUCCACCUUCAUUGCCCUCAAGAACGCAGCAUGCUCCCUCUCCAUUCAGCAGACCAUUGCCUACACCAUCCAGCCAAGCUGAACCCACACCCGAGCCUUAUCAGUCAGAACAGAGAACACCCAACAGAACCGAUCAAUUCCUUGCCAAUAAAACAGCACCGACGACCCCGCGGCCACAGAUUUCAGCUUCUCGCGAGGCCGGCGACACGUCUCUAGAGCAAUCCCAGCUCCAAGACGCCCGCAUCGCUUCUCAACAAAAGACCAAAGCCGGUGCUUUCGCCAGCAAGUCGCUGUUAGAGCGAGAGAUGGAACGUGAACGCGAAAGACAAAGGGAGUGGGAAUCCAAUCAGCAAAACGUUGCGAAUGCUCCCAGAGAUGUGGCGCAAGGCAGUGGAGAAGGACAAAGCUGGGACGUCAAUCAAUAUGGCUGGACAGGAGGCGAUGGACAGAACAAAGGAUCUKGUGUUGGAAGUGGCAUUAACUUUGGAGGGAGAAGGCAGAUUAUUGGACCGAGAGCACCCAAGUGA